CUGGCGGGGGUGGCUCACAGCUCUCUUCCUUUUGCCACUAUGGACAGGGCAUUGCAGAGAGAGACAGGAGCGCUCGCUGGCUUUGACCUCCCUGGGUCCAGUGUCUGAGCAGAGGGGAAUGCUGAAGAAGCACAGGAGAAAAGCCUCUGAAGCUCUCCAGGAACCUUCAGAGAAGAUCAGAGGGCGGCAGGCUGAGGCUGAGUUUUGGAAGCAGAGGCAGCAGUUCAGGAAGAUGGUGGAAAGUUGGAAGUCUUUUAACUUCCACUCUCAGCAGAAGAUCACAAACCAGCACAAUGAAAUCAAGACCCGGAAGAAAGAGCGGGAUGAGAUCACCUUGCUUUCGAGGUUCAUUAAGUCCUCAAAUAACUUGCAUCUGAAUGAGAAAAACUACAUGGAGCUGCGUUUUCUGCUGCAAACCAAGGAGGGCUAUGAGACCUCGUUUGAAUCAAUGAGAAAGCUGUUAGCUGAACUAGAUGAGAAGAUUGUUCAGAUGGAAAAAAAGAUUAUAAGCCAAAAACAGAUCUUCACAAAAAUACAGGAGGCCAAUAACCCCCAUAAACUGCACAAACAGAUCCAUGUUUUGGAAACCCGUUUGAAUCUUGUUACUGUUCAGUUUGAUAACAUGCUGACCACCAAUGCUAAGCUCCGGAAUGAGAUUGAGGACCUACGGUAUGAGAAGGCUGCUUAUGACAAUGUUUACCAGCAGCUCCAUCGGUGCCUGAUGAUACAGAAGAAAACCUUGAACGUGGUCAUUGAGCAGCAUGCUCAGGCUUAUGACCAGAGGCUGGAAGCCAUGACUCGAAUGGUGGCCAUGAAGUACCGCCAGCAGGAGGAUAUCUCUCAGUACAACCUGAAGAUCCAAGAGCUGGAGCAUCUUGCUCACGAGACCAAGCUCAAGUCCUUCCUCCUCAUCAAACUGAAUGAUCGCAUGGAGUUUAAGGAGCAGGCCAAAAAGGAAGAAGCUCUCAAGGCAAAGAAACACAGGAAGAAGAACAAGGGUGAGAAUUUUGAGAGCUACGAGGUGGCCCUCCUUCAGCUUCUGAAGCCGACUGAGAACGGGAACCUGAACCAGCCCAUUGAAGAACUUCUGGCCAAGGAGGAGAAGAACCUUGCUUUGUUCACAUAUGUCACAGAAUUCAACAGUGACAUGGAGAUAAUGCACAAGAAGACCGAGAAAAUCCAGAAUGAAAUCAUCCUCUUGCGAUCCCUGCAGAAACCGGCCCGUGAUGACUGCCACUCCGUCCUGAGACAGCUGGAGGAGAAACUAAAGAAGACCACGGAGGAGGCAGAUAUGUAUGAGAAAAGCUACAGGGAGAUCAAGACUCUGGAGUAUCUCAAGAAUUCAGUGGAGAAUCUGCUUAAGAAGAUAAAUUGUGAUGCCACCAAGAUCCUGGUGCAAUUAGGGGAGACAGGGAAAAUCACCAAAACCAACCUUCUGCAGUACCUUGCCAUCAUUGAAAAGAAGACCAACGACCUGCUGCUGUUAGAGUCCUACAGGCGGAUCCUGGAUCCAGAGACCGAGACCCUGCUACCCUUCAUCAACCCGUUCUGGGGGGGCUCUACCCUACUCAAGCCUGUGGAUCCUGUCAAGGUCAUCCCCCCGGUGCUCCGGUCUGAUCUCUUUGCUGACGGGUUGGAUGAGGUGGACCAGCCCCUGGACCACAGCAGCCUUCAGCAGCUGGUGCUCAGCAACCACACUGCAAGAGAGUCUCAAAGCAGAGAGGUGCACUCAGGCAGCAUACCUGAGAAGCGGAGUGAUAUGAGGGCCAAGAAGAAGUUAACGGUCUGAGGUGGAUGGGACUCCGUUUGUACCAUAACCCAGAGAGAAUAAAUGUUUUGUUCUGUAACUCCAGUGCCUCACAUUCAUUACUAAGAGACUAGGGUGCUGGGAACCAUGUGGGACAGGGUAGAGGAGCAGGAAGGGUUGAGUUGCAAAGCCGGCUGGGGGACAGAGUUGU